AUGCAACUGUCCCUCCCUCGGCCUCACACAGAGGUGAAGUGUGUUGAAGGAGACUCCCUACAGGAUAGGUUCAGGGCUCUGGAUGUGACCACUCCUCUGAGAGCCAGUGUCCUGUCUGGACUGGUGGAGGUCGGUGGUGCUGCUGGAUACCUGAACCAUCCUGUUCAGUCCACACUGCAGGACCGGGUCACUCUACACUACAGAACCACUACCAGACUGGACAUGCUCAGUCCCAGGGUGCUUCAGGAGGAGACAGACGGAACACAACACAAGGCAACCCAUGUGGUGAUGGCUGUUCUCUACGGAGCUCAAGCAUUCUUUAUCUUUGACAGCAAACACAUCAGCGGACAAAGGAAUGCAAGAAGAGAGACAACCAAGAUGCAAGAUGUGAUCAAGAAGAUGCUCUCCACCUUCAAUUCAGAAGACAUAUACUCAAGUUUGACAGACUCAGAGAAAAUAGACAGUUUGUUGUAUCAAUGCACCUUGCACAGUGAUGUAGAUCCAACAACCACAAUGGAUUAUGACACAACAGUAGAGGUGUACCAGUCGUUGCCGAGGCGUCUGGGGCAGCAAGGAGAGAAAGCAGUGCCUGUUCGUGUCUGGCUGUACCCUCUGAAGAAUCUGGACCAUGCAGCGGCUUGUGUUUCAUUUGAGAUCAGUGAAGACCUGCUCAUCAGAGCUGAGAAAGUUCUGGAACACCUGAGACGGGUCACAAUGAGGUGCCAGGACAUGAUGGCAGACCACACCAAUGCCUAUGUGAUGAAAUGGUUCCCUUAUGCCAAGGACAAACUUACACAGUUUUCAGAGUCACUGUCAGAGUAUCAGGUGGAGUUUCAGAAAGCACUGGCCAAAGCCACAGAGUUCAUUAGAGAAAAUGGUGAAUCGUGUUUGUUGUGGCUGAGAGAGAUUCUCAAGAAACACGAUCAGUCACCAUUCGCUCCUCAGGCUUUAGACCGUUGGCUUCACAUUAAGGAAGCUGAGGUGAAUGCUGUUGACAUCUGCAAAACCAAGAACCUUCCCAUAGUGAAAUCUGAGAAGGAGCUGGAGAAAGUCCUUCUAGAUUCACAGACAGACAGGGUGCUGUGUUUCACUCUGACCUCACUGGAGGAUGAAGAUCCAUUCCUCUCCACUAUGGAGCAGCACUCACUCUCUGUACAAGAGAACGCCACGAACCAAUCUGGGAUCACUGACCUGCAGAAGACACAGGUCAGUCAGAAAAUUCAAUCUGACCUCCGCUUGUUCACCAAAUCCUAUGAAGACAGAAGAGAUGGAGAGUGUAUCAAGUUCAUUGCAGCAGUUAUACCAGAUAUCAGUGUUCCUGGAUCCUCCAUUCGUCUGUAUCAACGAGGCAGUCUCAUCGCCACCAACUUCCAGCUGGGAUUAAAACCUGAUCCAGUCCGGGUAGCAGAGAUAAAACAUAGCUGUGUCAUCCUGAAGUUUCCCCAGUCAACCAUCAGGAGACCUGAGAGGUACAGAGUAGAGUACAGAGUCGUGACCACUGGUGUUAGUGAGGCUAGAGAACGACCAUGGAAUGCGGUAGUCACCCUGGCUCCUGCAGAAACCUGCGUAGUACCAGGUUUAAAACCAUGCACACGGUACCAGAUCAGGUACUCUGUCAUAGAGCACUCUGGUAUGAGUGACUUCAGCAAGGUCAUUGAGGUCAAGACCCUGAGAUCCCCACCUGAACAUCUGAAUGUGAGCCGGCUGCUGAACAAAACCAAUGAAACCGUCAAAGUGACUUGGUUCCAGGCUGAGUGUGAAGAUAGUGCCCCUGUACUCCACUACAAAGUAGACUAUAAAGAGGCAGGACUGGAGGGCUGGUCUACCAUGGUGACAGCUGACUGUUACUGUGAUGUAACUCUGAACCUCAGUACCUGCUACCGAGUCAGAGUAUCAGCUGUCUAUGGAGAAGGAGACACCAGUGAAACCACCAGAGAGACAGAUGUCCCAGUCUACGGUGAGCUACAUCAAAUCAAUAUAACUUGA